GGUUUAUUAAGACCAGGCGAAUCAACAGAAGUUGCAAUCACUGCGUAUGUGGAUAACGAUAGAGCCUCCAAAAUGAAUCUUGGUUCAACUCGCAUUGACUGCACACUCAUCCUACAUACCUUGCUUGGGAAAGAUCACUUCAUUACUGUCCGUGGGGAAUACCAAUAUACGUGUUUUGCAAACUCCUUGUCCAGGCUUACUCGCCUUCCUGGGCCUAUACGUUCUGUCAAGUCCCCACAGAACUUGAUUUUAUCUAAUGGGCGGCAAUCGAUCAAUGCUCCAAGGGAAAUCAUGCGGCUAAUCAACUGGUUAAUGUCUUAUGCCCGUGAUUCUCAGCUUGCGAUUGUGCAGUACGGAUUGUUUACAUCUCCAGUGGACGAAAGUCUAGUUGCUGACAUUCGUGAGUCCUUAGACACAGGAAACGACUUUCCACCGAGGGCAUCUCCGCACGAUCGCGCCUUGGUUCUAGCAGUCGGUUCAACCCUGUUACAACUUCUAGAUUCCCUGACAGAACCGGUUGUUCCUGCUUCCUUACAUGCCAAAUGUUUGGAGGCCGAAAAUCGAGAUGAAGCUUUUGAGCUCUUGGACGGAUUUCCGACCGAAUCUGUGAAUGUUUGGGUAUCUGUGACGGCUUUCCUGCAUUAUAUCAGCCAGCAGGGUUCAUCGGCCUCAUCCCCUAACCAGUCUCUAAGAGCUAGAGCAUUAGCCUCUACCUUUGCUCCCAUACUACUUCGCGAUGAUGCAAGCAACACUUAUCCUCGUGUUUCGCCUAUCGGGAAGCAGAACUUCUUACUUUUUUUCAUCAAUUGA